UUUUUCUUUGCUGACUUUGAAGUUUUAAGAGACCACUUGUCAAGGAUUGCAGGUGGCUCUAGAUGGUAGCACAGCUUUAAAAAGGGUAUUUAUGGAAUUCCAAUGAGCGGUGAUGGAUGAUGCAGUUCAAAUAACUAAGGUCAGCAUGGAUUCCUGGUUUCUUCUUGUUCUGUUUGGCAGUGGACUGAUACACGUCAGUGCCAGCAAUGCUACCACAGUUUCACCUUCCUUGGAAAUUACAAGAUCAAUUAAAGCAUCAACAGCAGAAUCAGUCAAAGAACAGAACAGAACUUCAAAUCCAACCUCAUCAGUAACUUCUCUUUCUGUGGCACCAACACUCAGCCCAAAUAUAACUUUGGGACCUACCUACAUAACCACUGUCAAUUCUUCAUACUCUGACAAUGGGACCACACAAUAUGUAAGCACCGAUUCUGUAGGCACUACCAUUUCACCAAAUGCAACAUGGCUUCCAGAUCACCAAUUUACAGAUGCCAGAACAGAACCCUGGGAAGGGAAUUCCAGUACUGCAGCAACCACUCCAGAAACCUUCCCUCCUUCAGGUACCAGAGAUGCAAAAUCACUGUUGCCUCUUCUAUGA